CAAAACCUAAGCGACCUCUUCCCACCUCCCUUCUCUUCUUCCCCGGAGCAUCCGUCCGGCGAGAGCGGCGGCCUCUGUAUCCGCCCCCAAGAGCUGUUGCGAUCGUGCCCCGUUGCUCUCCGAAUUCGAAAUCCUUGGAUCGAUGGUAUUAAAGUUGGUAGGUAGAAGGCUAAACUUGGUCUUGGCUGACUUUUCUUCGAUGUCGUUAGGGUUUUGAAACAAGAUUUGUCGGCCUCGGCGUUGCACCCGCCGGCAGGAUUUCGAAAAGGUUUUCAAUUUCUGGAUCAAUGUGGUUUUUGGUUCGUCGUUGUCGAUCCGUAGAGCUUAUUCGUCGAGAAGACGACGCAUAUAACUUUUCUUGAUGUUAGAAUUAGGUCUAUAUUGUUAUGUGUGCCUAUGAACUUUUUUGUUUAUGGAUAUUUGCACUGAUAGCAAGUUCUUUACAUGCUGGUUUUAUCGUCACGCUUUCGUCAGACCUUCUGAAAGUGGCUUGGAGAAUGGUGUUCUAAUGUAGCUGUUUCUACUAAGCCUGCUUCCUUCUAGGAAGCAGGCAUAGAAAAAUCCUUCUGGUGACGAUGCCGACCUUUGCUAAUCCAGAGAACGCAUUAAAGCGCGCCGAGGUUAAGAGAUUUUUGUUAAGCUUUCACUUUUGUGCAGAAUUUAGUAUGUCACAAAGCGCAUGGAACAUAAUUGAUUAAUGUUGAACAGAAGCAAGCUGCCUUGCAAGCACUACAUGAUCUCAUUACUUCAAAAAGGCAUAAGGCAUGGCAGAAGGCCCUUGAAAGCAUCAUGUUUAAGUAUGUAGAACUCUGUGUGGACAUGAAGAGAGGCAGAUUUGCAAAGGAUGGACUUAUUCAGUACCGUAUUAUAUGCCAACAAGUCAAUGUUAGCUCGUUGGAAGAGGUUAUAAAGCAUUUCAUGCAUCUUUCCAUGGAGAGGGCUGAGCAAGCUAGGAUUCAAGCACAAGCCUUGGAAGAAGCACCGGAUGUGGAGGGUCUAGAGGUUGAUAAGAGACUUGAGGACUUAAUGCUUAGCUAUGUUAGUGCGGAGAAAGGAAAAAACAGGUCAGACCGGGAGAUUGUGACUCCAUGGUUCAAAUUCUUGUGGGAAACAUACAGGACAGUGCUUGAGUUUCUGCGAAACAAUUCCAAAUUGGAAUCACUAUAUGCGGUCAUAUUCCAACAAAGAGUAGUGAACUGCCGUGAAGCCGAGUAUAACCGACCGAAGAAAGAGAGAGAGGAUAAAAUCAAUCAGCUUGUAGCAAUGAGGAAAUGUGAAAGGGAGUUCAAGAGGAAGCUACUCUUUUACCUGAAGUCCGAGGAAGUGCGGCUGACCAGGCUUCGAGAAGAGGAGGAAGUGAGAAAGCAUGAAGAGGAGGAAAGACAAAAGAAAGAAGAGAGAGAGAAAAGAGAGUUAGAGGAGAAGGAAAGGCUGCAAAGAGAAGGUCUUCUCAGAAGUGUCUCGGUCAACUGACCCUGCUUCAGGUACUCACCCUUUUGAACCGUCUAUGCCUGCUGCACCUGCUGCUGCCAAGGCUGCACCGAGCUUGGGGAAGUAUGUGCCGAGGUUUCUCUGAGAAAGAAAUGAGGGACAACGGGCAAUGCACCCCGAGUCUGAUAGAUGGGGGAAGCAGGAUGACCGCCCUCCUCAAUCCAGUGAUAGAUGGCAAAACGUUGAAUGUCGAUCAUCGUAUCAUGGUUCGAGAGCGUCCUCAUCGUUUUCCUGCUCCUUGUCGAGGCUAUGCAGUGCAACCUAAUGCAAGAAUACUGUAGUGUUUUGGUCACCAGAGGAAUUUCCAGCCAGAUUAAUUAUUAUAUAUGUCAAGUCUUAUUGUCUUGAGGGCAUUUACUAGAUCUAGGUACCAUGUCGGCAGUUUCAGGCCUACCUAAUUGAAAAGAUAUCUCCAUGAGACUGUAAUUUUGUCAUUCUUUUCUAUUUCUUUUGAUAUUUCUCAUUGACUUACUCCAUAGGCUUGCACCUUCUUGAUGUUAAAACUCUUCACUGUCUUGUUGGUGCACAUUUAUAUGCAUUAUGGGGUUCAAAUUUGAUUA